AUGCAGCCCCAUCACUCUCUUCCGGCGCGACCGCCGCCUAGCACAUAUUCGGCACCGCCUUCGAGAUCAAACAAUGCUGGCGCGCGCCCCCAAGGCAACUCGCCUAUGUCUGCUGGUUUUACACCGCGCUCUGUGGCAGCUCAUGCUCCUCCACAGGCGUUUGCUGCGCCAGCAAACUAUGCGCAAGCCCCAGUGAGCGCCCCCUACCAAGCACCCGCUUACCCGACCAGCAAUGCUUACAACAACUACUCGUACCCAGCCUAUGCAACGGGUGCUCCUACUACGACCUCAUAUACAGCUGCGCCGACCGUGAACCGUGGGUUUGCUGGCACCUAUGAUCCCGAAGAAGAGGCUCGGAUCGCCGAAUGGAACAGCGCAUACAAUGCCGGCGAUGCGAACGCGAAGAAGAGCGGCAGCGCAACUGUAGGCGCUCGACCGGAAGGAUCAGCCCCUCAGGAUGCCGAAGCAACGGGACCGACAGCUGAUGGCAAGCGCAAGACCGUCGUCCGCGAGGGAGGUGGAAAGCAGUGGGAGGACGAGACUCUACUUGAGUGGAAUCCGCUGCAUCCACGACUGUUCAUCGGUAACCUCGCGGGUGAAGUCACCGAUGACUCGCUCCUCAAAGCAUUUGCAAAGUACCCCUCCUUAUCCAAAGCCCGCGUCGUGCGAGACAAGAAGUCCACCAAGAGUCGCAGUUACGGCUUCGUCAGCUUCUCAGAUACCGAUGAUUACUUCCGCGCUGCCAAGGAGAUGAACGGCAAGUACAUUGGCAGCCACCCAGUCCUCAUCAAGCGCGCCACAUCGGAGGUCAAGGCUGUCACAAAGAAGGACGACAGACACAAGCAAGGAAAGAACAAGAACAACAAGGAUAACAAGAACAAGUCUGGCAACGGCAACAACAGUACUCCCGCGGUAGUAGCAUCUCCCGCCAUGUUCAUUCCCCGCGGCGUCCAGAAGAAGGGCAAAUCGAACGGUCCAAGGGUGUUGGGUUGA